UCUCAGAUUGUUAAUUGUACUUGUAAUCUUUUUAUUUUUAAUCCUUUAAUUCGUCUUCAAGCCACUAAUUCUGAUUGUCAUCUAGUAGCUGGCACUUCUAUUGAUCCUGACCAUUAAUCAAGCGCUAAUAUUGUGUAAAAUGAAGCAAACACACGUUAUCAGAACCCCUUUCCCUCAACGAUCAUAAUUUGUUCAUCCGCUCUUAGAAUAAAAUGAAAUUUAGAUAGAGCAGAGCAAAGCCAUCAAACUGAGCAACGACAAUGGCAAUUGCAGGCCAUCACUUAACUGGAAAGCCACCUCCCCCAGUACUCUUCUCCCCUCGCUCCCCCAAAUUCAUCAUCCCAUUUGCCAAACCUAGAUUACACCACCAUAGAAUUACUAAAAUACCCUCUUCAUCAUUUAGAAAUGGAAGCAAUACUCCAUCUGAAACAGGGUGCCCUGUUCCACUUGACCAACAGCCCAUAAAUGAGUACCAGAAUCUCUCCACUUCCUUCCCCUUUUCCUUGGCUGCCAACGAUAUUGUUGCCUAUUGCUCUCGACUGUUCGUUUUUGGCGCUGCUUUCGCGCUCUUUAUCGGGUUGCCCGUCGCUUGGUUUGGUUCCGUGAGACCAGAAUCGGAGCCGUGGAAGCCAAUUCUUGCAGCUGCAUCCAGUGGGAUUCUUGUGGUGAGCCUCGCUGUUGUCAGGAUGUAUCUGGGCUGGGCCUACGUGGGGAAUCGAUUGCUCAGUGCCACUGUUGAAUACGAAGAGACAGGGUGGUAUGAUGGUCAGAUAUGGGUGAAGACCUCUGAAGUUUUGGCACGAGAUCGACUCCUUGGUUCAUUUACUGUUAAGCCCAUACUUGGCAGAUUAAAGUACACUCUUCUAACACUCGCAACAUCAUUAUUUAUAUGCAUUAUUCUGUUCAUCAAUGUUGAUGGAGUCCAAAAGGGUUCGUACAUGACUGAAGCAGCCAAGGAUAGAGCCAUUCCUGGGGUGUAUAAUGAUGAUUCAGCCAGAUCAUUCGAGCCAGAUGCAUUCUGCGGUGAGCCAAAUCUUUCAUAGUUACAGAAGAAAAAGAAAAUUAAGCAACUGUCAAUAUUUUGUACAGGGCAGUAUAGAUUCAGGAGCAUAUUUUUAUAUCUAUUCCCUUUCUGUACGGUUAUAUAAGUGCCUAUAUAUAUGCUGUAAAAUAUUUUCCACUGUGGUUAAUAGAUUGCUGUGAACAAAUAAGUUCAAUAACAUCGAAAUAUGUUCACCUCUCAUUUGUUUAUUUGGAUGCCUUUGCUGCUUUUGGCAUAGCUUUUCAAGUAUUCAAUUCAGUAGAUUUAAUUGAAA